GAAAAUGCCCAUAUAUCAUUGCAAAAUUCCCAAUUAGUUAGCAAACAUAACUCAAGUAAUACCUAGUUCAAUGAUCAUAUAUAAUACAACGUUACCGUGCUUGAUUUGAUAAUUUAUCAUCGCAAAAUUCAUCUUCCUCCAAUGAAUUAUGCUUCAGGCUACACUGCAAGAAAAUUUAGCUAUUAAAUGAAUAGUAUAUAGUAAUUAAUUAUUGACAAGAAGAGCAUAAAAUAACUAAUACAUUAAUUGGAUAAAAGUUGAUUUUAAAAAGAAAAAAUGGGGUUCGGUGGAAUGUAAUAUGAAACUAUAUGGAGAGCUAAAGCAUGAGGUGGAGGAGAUUAGUAAUCGAAGAACGAGAUUAGUAAUCGAAGAACAAACUUUAGUCCAAGCAAACUCCUGGAGUCACUUGAACAAAUACGAUAAGCUAAUGAUCUUAUAUAACACAAAAUUUAGGAAUCCUAAUUGGCUCUUGGUCUUCUAGAAAACUUUCACAUCAUUAACUCUUCAAAUUAUCUGUUUUUUGAUAAAAAAGAAUUGGAUAGUAAUUAAGAAUCUUUACAGAAAUUAAUAAUGAUUCAUUGUACUAUAACUAUGUCAUUUACGUGGACAUAAAUUACACAUUUGCAAUAAAUAUUGGAAAGUAAAGAAUAGUGUUAAACGAAGGACAAAAUAUUCUUUUAACUUUUGACGGACAUUUUGAUAAUUCAACUUUACCCUUAUACUCUUCCCACUUUUAGUAUAAUAUGAUAUGAUAUGAUAUGAUAUAUAUACCCGAAAGAAUGAUACAUUUAUAUAUUUAGAAAUAAUUUAGCUUAAAACUUUCGCUUUUAUCCUUAAUGAAAUGAUUUGACCACAGUGGCAAAGAUCUAUGACUUGUUUUAGACCACAAGUUUGAAAAAUCUUAUUUCAUUCUUAAAUUGUGUGCUUAGUCAAAUUAAGAUGCUUAAAUUGAGACGGUGGAAGUACUUCUUUUUCGUUGUUUAAUCUUCAUCUUCUUCUUCUUCUUCUUUUUUUUUUUUUUGGAUAAUAUGCUUAUUUUGUUGCAAAAAGAGAAGUAGGCCAGUGAAAUUGAAGAUUGACUAUAGAAGAAAUAAAGUACAAAAUUAAAGAAAAAGGUAUUGCUUGUGUGUGUAUUGAAUAUGUAUAUCAUUUGAAGUAUUCGUUUUAAAAUUCAGAACCCAUAAAGUUGAAAUUCUGACGUCGGCUCUAGACUUACGAGUCGGCAGAACUCAGUACCUUUAAUUCAAAUCUUAUAUUUAUGUUAAAAGAUUUAUUUAGUAUAUAUAAAUAAUCAAUUCAAAAAAAUGAAGAAAAUUGUGAUCCGAAACCCAUAAACUAAAAUGUUUUAAUCCUCAUCUGCUAAUGAAACUCAAUUCUAUGUUAUGUCUCUAGCACGCAUGGGAUCUUAGUAGGCGUUUGGUCAUGAAAAUGAAAUAUUUUUCACUUUAUUUGGAAUUUUGAAGUUGCAGUUGAAGUAGGAGUUGUAGAUGGUGUUGUGUUUGGUUAUAGUUUUUGGAAACAAUAUUUGGUUGUUUGAAUGUAUUGAAAGUGAAAAUAAGGUUUUAGGUGUUUUUCAAAUUCCAAAUACAACUUCGAGCUGCAUUUGAAAUUUUUAGAAAAUGUCAUCACACAUCUUUUAUUUUGUGUAAUUUCUCAUGGAAGCACCAUAUAAUUGUUGCAUCUUACUGGGAAGCAAUAGUUGCAUGUUUUCUACUGUGGAGAACUUACCGAAUAAAACUUAAAAAAGCAAAAUCCAAGAUCGAAAUAAUUGACUUUAUUUAAUUUGAUUUGGUUUCUAGUUCUAGACUUAGUAAACUGACAUAAUUCGUUUGGUUUGAUAGAUGAAAACAUCGAACCAAACCGGCUACGUGCACCACUACCCUAUCCUAUUGAUUUCAAGAAGUUCCAGUUAUAUUUCUUUUCAAGCAGUUUCAGCCUUAAACUUCUUUAAUUUAGCUUGAAACUCUUUCUAUUGCACAAAAAAUUAUGACUCUUUUUCAUUAAUUACAGAUAGAAGAAGGCAGGAAGAUGGAUCAUUUAAUCGAUAUAAAUCAAAUCCGUGAUGAAAUAGCUACAGAUUUGCGCCAUUCAUCUAUCAAAUCAUGUACCAUAUUCAAAGUAACUGUGGGUCUGAGUGCAUCAAAUCCAGAUGCUUAUAAGCCACAAUUGGUAUCCAUUGGUCCUUAUCAUAACAAUAAUCCACAACUUCGCUCGAUGGAGAAUUAUAAACUACGUUACCUACAAAGGUUUCUUAGAAGGAAAGCGGGGAUUGAUUUGGAGAGAUGCAUUACGGAAUUAGCACCCCUCAAGGAUGUGGCGUUGAAGUGUUAUGAUGACAUAGAGGACCUCUAUAGUGAUCACAACUCCAGUAAAUUUUUGAAAAUAUUAUUACUUGAUGGUUGUUUUGUGGUUGAGUUUAUUCGAGAGUUUCGUGGAAUGAAGCCAAAUGGAGAAGGCAUAAUUAUUGAGGUUGGUUGUAUACAUAAUCAAGUGCUUCGAGACAUGUUGCUACUAGAAAACCAACUUCCUUUCUUUGUCCUCACAAAACUUCAUGACAUGACUAUGGAUCAAAUACCGUUCACAAGAUUGAUGAUGAAAACCCAUAUUGCUUUCUUUAAUUAUUCAAUAUUAAAGAUCUGCUGGUCGUCCUUUAUUGAGACCGAAGGUCAUGAUGUUAGAAACAUCAAACAUUUACUUCAACUAGUACACAUGUCAUGCCAACCUUCAGAGAAGAAAGCUAGCCAAACUGAGAAUCCUACUUUGGAAAUGGAAACAUGGACCAACAUUCCAAAUGCAACAGAACUCCGCGAAGCUAGAGUUCGAUUUUCGAAAGUUGGAAGAUUUAAGGAACGCGACCUUGGAGAUAAUUCAAGUUUAUUUGACAUUAAAUUUGCGAAUGGAAUCAUCACCAUUCCUUAUUUUGAAGUUUUUGCCGAAAUGGAGACCAUCCUGAGAAAUCUUAUAGCAUAUGAGCAGCUAUCAUUUGAUGUAUGUCCUAGAUAUUUCAGUGAUUUUUCUACUUUCAUGGAUUAUCUUAUCAAAUCGGAUAAAGAUGUGAGUUUGCUCCGUCAGAAUGGAAUCAUCAAGAAUGAUAUAGGAGGGGACAAAGAAGUGGCUAGCCUCUUCAACAAAAUUCGAAAAGGGGUCAUCGUUUAUGACGAUUUCUACUAUGAAAAACAAUGCAGGAAGUUAAUUCAACAUUGUGAAAAACCAUUGAACCGAAUGAAAGCAAGUUUGAUGUACAAUUAUUUUGAUAGUUUUCGGGUAGGAACUUCAGCUGUGGGAGGCACCAUAAUUCUCAUACUCACCAUUAUACAGACUGUUCUAGCUUUUCAUAGGUGA